AUGUACGCCAGAAGAGUUGCCUCUCGGGCAGCGCCCGCAGUCUUCAGAGCGGGCAUGCGAACCAGCAUGCGAGCACACCGUCCGAUGCUUCGACCGGACCCUGCCUUCCGCCUUUUCAUCCCCCUACGCACUCUGCAAACCGAAACUACGUCAUCCUCUGCGCAAAACUAUCCGCCCCCUGGCUUUGAUCCCAAGCAGGCCAGCAAACCACUCCAGCCAGAACAGCGAGCAGCCCAGCAACAAACCGCACCUCCGCUGGACAAGGAAGAAGCCAUUAUUCCCAAGACUGGCGCUACGGCCAACCCAAAAACACCAGCGCAGGAUGUGCAAACCAUGACCGAAUUGGCGGCGGACAAGGCAUCGGCCACAACCAAGGACGAGAUGAAGGCCAUUGCAAAGAAGGAGGCAGAGAAGAAGAAAUUGACCCUCUGGCAAAAGAUCAAGCAUGAAGCAGUACACUACUGGGAUGGAACAAAACUCCUCGGCUUCGAGAUCAGAAUCAGUUCAAAACUGGCCCUGAAGAUGGCUGCUGGAUACGAGCUUACCCGUCGAGAGCGUCGUCAGCUUCAACGAACAGUUCAGGAUCUCGGUCGCUUGAUCCCCUUCCUGCCAUUCAUCAUCGUCCCGUUUGCUGAAUUGCUGCUCCCAGUAGCACUCAAGCUCUUCCCCAAUAUGCUCCCCAGCACAUACGAGGGUCAGACAGCCAAAGACGACAAAGCAAAGGCUCUUCGGGCUACCCGCAAGGAUGUCAGUGACUUCCUCCGCCAAACGUUAAAAGAGACAGGUCUGCCUGUCUCGCCUGAGAAUGCACAGACCGAAGAGUUUGCCAAUUUCUUCCGCAAGGUACGGACGACAGGCGAAAAACCAAGCCCAGAGGAGAUCAUCAAGGUGUGCAAGAUUUUCAAGGAUGAUUUGACCUUGGACAACUUGUCGCGACCCCAGCUCGUCUCCAUCUGCCGGUACAUGAACAUCACAUCAUUCGGCACCGACAACUUCCUCCGUUACCAAAUCCGACUUCGCAUGCGCCAGAUCAAACGUGAUGAUAGGGCCAUUGCGUACGAAGGCGUCGAAUCGCUCUCUGUUCCAGAAUUGCAGACUGCCUGCGCGAGCCGCGGUCUUCGAACGUAUGGUGUCUCCCCUGGCCGUCUGAGGGACGACCUACAAAGCUGGCUGGACCUGCGUCUCAAGCACGGAGUCCCAUCCACUCUCUUGGUUCUCUCCAAUGCUUUUGUCUAUGCUCAGGGCAAGGAGACGGAGAUGACAUCGCAGAUUGACGCAUUGGAGGCAGUCCUCUCCAGUAUUCCUGAAGAGCUGUUCCACGAGAUUGAACUCGAAGUGCACAACACUGAGGGUGCUGCUACCAACAAGCAGCGUCUGGAGGUGCUCAAGGAGCAGCAAGAACUCAUCAACGAGGAAAACGAGCAAACGGAGACUGUGGAGAACAAAGCCACCGCCUCGCCCAAAGAUCACGAAGACAUUGACGAAGACGAGAAGCACGCUCGCAAAGAGGCCAAAAAGGCCGAAGAAAGCAAAGAGGCAGAAGCCAGUGCCGGCGACGCCUUUGGCGGUAGCUCCGAGCGUACCGAGCAAGACGACCGUGCCAGGCGAGGCGAGGAGCCCUCUAGCAAAGACACGAAGCCCGCUCGCGAGGCCAAAAAGGAGUGA